CCUCCUUCCGGAUUCUUGAGCGCCCGUACGAUAGAGCAGCGCGAAACCCCCACGAGCUCAUGCGUGAUUCCAGCCAUUAGCUCACCGUCGAGUCCAAGAGCCGGCAUCCUUCCAUCCUACAUACGCCGUGCCCGUCACCGCUAUGCCGAAGCCAAUAAUAUCCCACUGCCGUAGCCCUUCUCGAAUCGAACUUAUCAUGGAUCGAGAGCCCCCGUCUCUGGAGGUGAUUCUAUACUCACCAUCCAAACCAGCAACGACAAGUCAGAUUCAGAAUCAAAAGAAGAAAGUCACGAACGGCAUAAACACGCGGCAGCUUACGUCUCCCACACCGAUAGCGGGCCGCGCUCGCCUGACAUUCGUUGAUCGCCCUCCCGUGCCGCUCGCCUCGAGCCUGCUUCCCUGCCUCUGCGCUGUCAGCUAUGGAUCCUCCAGGAAGCUUACAUACUUCGUCCUUCAACGAAAGAGAGAAAUACAGCACGGGACCUUGUGUGCAUGCGUGCGAGUCUGCAUGUGGCUAGAUGGGGACGCGGGCCAUGGAAAGGUUGAGAAAAGGUUGAGGGGGCUAGACUGCUGCACACGUGAGGCACGGCACUGUGGGAUCUUUUCCUGGUAAGGGAGGUGCAUGCGGUCGAGGACGGCUGGAUUGGAUUGCAGGUGAGAAUGGUAACGGACCGGCGUAAGGAGAUAGAGAGUAUGGGCUCUAUGGG